CUGGGCGCCAAGCCCCUGAGUGCUCAUCACGCUGGACCCUGGCGCGGAGCCCUGGCAUCACGACUCGGAGGCCGAGACUCUCUCCUGGAGUCACCCAGGGGACAUGGAGCCACCGCAGUGUGUGGAGGAGUUGGAGGAUGAUGUGUUCCAGCCAGAGGAUGGGGAGCCAGGGACCCAGCCUGGGAGCUUGCUCUCUGCCGACCUGUUUGCCCAGAGCCAGCUGGACUGCCCCCUCAGCCGUCUACAGCUCUUUCCUCUCACCCACUGCUGUGGCCCUGGGCUUCGACCCGCCAGCCAGGAAGACAAGGCCACCCAGACCCUCAGUCCAGCCUCUCCCAGCCAGGGUGUCAUGCUGCCUUGUGGGGUGACUGAAGAACCCCAGCGACUCUUUUAUGGCAAUGCUGGCUACCGACUCCCUCUCCCUGCCAGUUUCCCUGCAGGCUUGCCCCUUGGUGAGCAGCCCCCUGAAGGGCAGUGGCAACAUCGAGCAGAGAUACAGAUUGCCCGAAAGCUUCAGUGCAUUGCUGACCAGUUCCAUCGACUUCAUGUGCAGCAACACCAACAAAACCAAAAUCGGGUGUGGUGGCAGAUCCUCCUCUUCCUACACAACCUCGCUGUGAAUGGAGAUGAAAACAGGAACGGGGCAGGUCCCAGGUGAGGCUGGGCUGCCCUCUUCACAUGGGGCACAACAGGAAGGACAUCAGCGAGGACUGACACUGUGUCUUGUGAAGUUGUUUUUCUUUGUUUGGUGUUUUUAUUGUAAAAAUUUCUCUUUGUUCUGUACAUAAGACAUACCCAAGCGGGACCUCUCUCCCUGCUCAGGGCCUCAACCAGGAACUGGGGCCUUUGUCAAACACUGCUGAAGUGGAGGCUGAUACGUGUGUGAUGGUGGGACCUCCUGAGGGCUCUGAAAAGGAGAUGCCUCAGCUGUGGUUGUCUGAGAUGACCAGGCAGUGUUGUUCUCCACCAGUAGACUGUAGUUUUCCACAGGAACUUGGUUAAGAAACAGGAGACUGGAUUAGCCUCCUGGGUAUAUCCAACCUAUUAGUCGACUACCAUGGCUGGGGCCAAGAUCCUGAUGGUCACCUUGCUUUAACCCGGACUUUGGACAGGGGCUUUCCGGGUUCCCUUUUUACCUUGGGCCACAAAGAGAGGUGAGGUGUGAACUGAGACAGAUCUCACCAGGCCUGUGUGGGUUCUUGUUGGGCCUAGCCAGUGCCCUCCCCAUGGGCUCAGGGAUUCUUGUCCAGCCCCUCUCAUCUCCAGCAGACCUCAGGGAGGGUUGGGUUUCUCUGAGAGCCCCUCAUAUACCGCAAAAUGAAUCAAACUUCUGAGUGGACCUCAAAUCUGACUGGGUCCUACCUGGAGGCCCCAGGGUUGGGCCUGAGGUACAGAUAUGCUGCCACCUCUGGCUACCUGGGGUGACUUGGAUGUCAACCACCAGAGCCAAACAAGCAGCCUCUGCUGUAAGAGCAGCUCGUGCCUUUGUCAGCUGUCCUUUCAAAGACCAGCCAACAGACUGCCUGCCCCCAUAUCAGCGCUCCAGGGCGCGAGGGGCAAGAUAGCAGUGGAGCUGGAAAAUGUGGCCAUCCUGUUGUAGGAGUCAGCUGGAGAGGAACCCAGACUCCUUGGUUUCCUUGGAAACAACAUACCUCCUCCCUCUUAUCCCCAUUCCUUUUUCACACCUAGUGGGAUACAGGAAGAAGCCCACACAGUGGCCUUGUUAGCUGAAACACGUCUUUUAGAAUAAUAGACAAUGAUCAGGCUACAGAACCAGCAAAGCUGGGCAUACAUUUCAUGUCUUCCUUCAGCUUCCAGCUAAGCCAGGAGGUUGCGCUCUGGAACUUAGCAAGGUCUCAGCUGCCUCUGA